AUGAGCAACAAAACGACCAAGCCACGAUUUCAUGCCCGACGAGCGCUACUCUGUCUUUACAACUACAUAACGUCUCAGUGUCUUUCUUUAUGCUGGGGAACGUACAUUCUGGGUCUUCUAUGGCUAUUGCUACAUCCUGCAAUCACUAUUACAACAGGCGAGUUAAAGUGCCGAGGGACGUAUAUGUCCGAGAAUGCACUACUGAUCGAUCUCAUGGAGGCACAAUUGAGUCACGAAGAGGCUCAUUUAGCUCACGAUUUUCAUCAGAAGCUGCUCGAGCUGCCAGGGCUAAAACGUACUAAGGGUUGUAGAGACAAUUGCACGGCUGUUGUGGAUUGGAUUGACGCGCAGCUGCGUGGUCUGGACCGGGUUAUAGCUUAUCGUCAAGUGUUUCAGACAGACGAAGAUACUGCUUUACGUACAAACGUGUAUGGCAUUUUGCGGGCGUCGCCAUUGGCUGAUGGCAAGGAGGCAAUUGUCUUGGUGACACACUAUCAAAAUGUGGGUGCUACUAGCGGUGACUACUCUGGGUUGUCGAUAGGGCUGGCGUUGCUGAAGUGUCUGGCCAGAGCUCAGUGGCUAGCUAAAGAUGUUAUUCUUUUGGUUGCUGACGAUGGUGCGCUAGAUGGAAGUGAUGGAUAUGCUCCCGGGACUGAAGCAUGGUUGCAAGCGUACCAUUUGGAUCCUGUCCAAAGUGGCAUGCAAGAUGGGUUACCUAUGCGCGCUGGUGUCAUUCGCGCUGCAGUCAAUCUGGAAUCAAUGUUUCACUCGCAUCAAGUGGGAGCUGUCGGGAUUUAUGCAGCUGGUAUGAACGGCCAGCUUCCAAAUCUGGAUCUUGUUAACACAGCAGUACGCGCAUUUCGCCAACACAAAAUUCCUACAAUUUUGGACCGUGCUGACGCCCAACAAAUCAUUGAGCACAAACCUGAGAGCUACAUUACAUCUAUGUUCAAUAUCAUGAUGAAUUUAAGCGAGAAGUACGUUCCGGUGGAAUUGAAGCAAGGCGCACUGAACUAUUUGAUGAACCUCAAGGGUAUGAUGCGUUUCAUGACAACGUUAGCGUCUGGCCCUUCAGGUCCUCACGCCAACUUCAUUAGCUACAACAUCGACAGUAUCACACUUUCGCUAGUAAAGAGACCGAGUUCAGGUGACCGGCAGCUUCCUACCCGCGAGGUACUCAGGUCAAUCGAGAUGGUGAUUCGUGCACUCAGCAAUCUGGAGGAAAAACUUCACCAAUCGUUUUAUCUCUACGUUCUCCCAAGCACGACGACUUUUGUAUCGGUGGGUGAAUAUUUCUACGCAGUGGCUUUAGCAAUCUCGCCUGCGAUCGCGCAUCUGCUCUAUUUGGCGAACAAAACAACCGGAAUGCGCGUUGCGUUCGCGCUGGCUGUGUUUUUCGUGAUCGAAAUGCUAUGCGUACUCCUUCUGGUUGGGGUGUGCAAAAUCUUUGCCACACCCGCAGCAUCCCUGCAAACAUUCAGUCCAAGCGACGUGUCUGCUGCAAGAUGGUUUGGCCUUGCAAUUUUGAUUUCAGUCGUACAAGCUUUGGUGAUUGUAAUUGUGCUUCCUGCAUUGCAUGCUGUGACGGGCUUCUCGGGUUGCACGGAAGUGUAUGCUUGGAGAAAGCAAGUCGCGAUGUACGAAGCUGACCAGCAAUCGAACCUGUCACGUAAAUCUGCGUUAACUACCAUGGAUGCUAUGCGAGAGUCCGGGAACAAUAUUCCAAAGCUGGAUGAGGGCUGGUGCGCCAUCAAGUUCGUUACGAUGGUGGUGCUUGUGUAUUCGCAUUGCAUUUUGGGCAUUCUAAAUUAUCCGAUGGCUUUGUUUGGUGCAAUUCCCAUGACCCUCUUUGCCAGUGUCGCUCCUGUCACCACUGCAACACAAAUUCGGAAUGCUUGGAGCUGUUUGUGGCUCUUUGUAUCUUCUCCACUCGUUCUCAUUGUCAUGUUGAACUGGAGUCGCCUAGAUGUGAUAGCUGGGUUGUCAUAUGCCGUUGACAGUUUUGUGCACCGUAUGAAUGUGUUGGCAUUGCCGUAUGUUUGCUGUAUCUACGUAUCCGUCCACACUUUAUCGCUAGCAGUUUGGGCCUAUCCUGCCCAGCAGCACACAUCAACGUUGGAGAAAAAGGCGAAACAAGAAUAA